AACAAUGUUCAACUCUACACCCAGGCUGCUACUUUGCUGUAUUUUGUUUUCAUGCACACCUACAGACAAAACUCCUUCUGAACAAAAACUAAACAAUUCUGAAACUCUGCUGAUAUCCUCAAUACAAGAGAGUCUUCAGAUGGUCAACAAAGCAUUACAUGAGACAGAAAAGAGGAAUCACUCUCAGCCAUCCUACACGGAGAUGUUUGCAUUGUCCAGACAAGCAGCAGCAGCAGGAAGUAAUGAAAUAAUAAAUGCAGCAGAAGUCUUUCAAACCAUUCUGCAACUUCUAAAGAAAAAGGAAAGUAGGAGGCAGAAAAGAUCAGUCUCGGCUUCAGAGUUCCUUUCCCUGGAGGAAGUAAAGCUGAUAGCAAACCUGUCUGGGUGUCCUUCACCCCUACAGCCAGCCAGCUGUCCCAUAGGAGGAGAUUCUGAGAAAUACCGCACCAUCUCUGGAGUGUGCAAUAACAGAAAUAAACCUCUUUGGGGAGCAGCCAGCACGGUCUUGGCCAGAUGGCUCCCAGCAGAGUAUGAGGAUGGAGAAAGCCAACCAAAAGGCUGGAACAUUGGGCACCAGUACAGAGGCUUCCAUCUUCCCCCUGUUCGGGAAGUCAGCAACAAAAUUAUGCAAAUCUCCAGCGAGUGCUGCUUAGAAGAUGAGGCGUAUUCCCAGAUGCUGGUGGACUGGGGUCAGUAUAUAGACCAUGACAUCUCCUUCACUCCUCAAAGCACAAGCAAAGCAGCAUUUUUGGAGGGAGUCAACUGCCUACACAUGUGUGGAAAUUCCAAUCCUUGCUUUCCAAUUCAGAUUCCUCUGCAUGAUGAACUAUUUGGAAGUAAGAGCUGUCUCCCAUUUUUCCGCUCCGCACCAGCCUGCCUAAAUGGCCCGACACACACUCUACACCCACAACAGCUGCUGCAGAGACAGCAGAUGAAUUCAAUCACUUCCUUCCUCGAUGCUUCUACUGUCUAUGGACACUCUAUUGAAUUACAGAAAAUGCUCAGGAACUUCUCAAGCUCUGAGGGCUUGCUCACAGUUAACAGUGAGCACACUGAUACAGCAGGUCGUGCUUACCUGCCGUUUGUCAAUAAGCCCACGUCUGCAUGCUUUCAAGAGCCAGGUACAGGCCUGAGAAAACGCCUGGAGUGUUUUCUUGCUGGAGAUAGCAGGGUGAAUGAGAUUCUGCCUCUGAUUGCUCUUCACACAGUUUGGGUGAGAGAGCACAAUCGCAUUGCCACACAACUGAAAGAACUGAACACCCACUGGAGCGCCAACACGAUCUAUCAAGAGAGCCGGAAAAUCGUCGGAGCUUUGCAUCAGAUCAUCACCAUGAGAGAUUAUAUUCCAAAAAUCAUAGGAGAAGAAACCUUUAAUCAAACCAUUGGACCUUAUGAUGGUUAUGAUGAUGCGAUAAAUCCUUCCAUCUCCAAUGUUUUCGCCACCGCUGCAUUCCGCUUCGGCCAUGCCACCAUCUCGACACACAUCAGAAGACUGAACGAGAGUUUCCAAGAGCAUGACACCUUUCCUUCCUUAAAACUGCAUCAAACCUUCUUCAGUCCAUGGCGAAUAAUCAAAGAAGGAGGACUGGAUCCAAUAUUACGAGGUCUCAUAAGUCAGCCAGCUGCCAGACAAAACCAACAUCAUCUGAUGAAUGAGGAGCUGAAGGAGAAACUCAUGGUGCUCACUAUUCCAGAGGCACUUGAUCUGGCAGCUUUAAACCUCCAAAGAGGACGAGAUCACGGCCUGCCAGGUUACAAUGACUGGAGGGUGUUUUGUGGAUAUGACAGAGUGCAAAGCAAAGCAGAUCUGAAGGAUGUGAUACAUGACAGGGCUUUGGUGGAAAAGAUAAUGGAUCUUUAUGGGCAUCCUGAUAAUAUUGAUGUGUGGCUGGCAGGUCUGCUUGAGGAUCCAGUACCUGGCACGAGGACAGGACCUCUAUUUGCAUGCUUGAUCGGAAAACAGAUGAAGAUGCUCAGAGAAGGUGACAGAUUCUGGUGGGAAAAGCCAGGUGUAUUUUCCCAGCAGCAAAGACAAGAGCUACAGAGACAUUCACUGUCUCGAGUAUUAUGUGACAACAGUGGGCUGACAGAGGUUCCCAUUGAUCCCUUCAGUGCAGGAAAGUACCCUGAACACUUUCGCUCAUGCACCAUCAUACCUUCAAUGGACCUGGAUGUAUGGAAGGAGAACCCAGAAAAAUGUAGUACAUGUUAACUGAGAAAUUACAGCACUAUAACUAUAUAAAGUAUCCUCUCUAUACUAGAUGGCUGAAUGUAGCUACCUGGUGGGGUUAAAUUUGAAAAUAAAUCUAAGGACAAUGACUCAAUUAGAAAGUAGGUUAAUUGAUCUAUUGAUGCUGUAGAUACAGCUAAAAUGGUACUUUAAUGUAAUACAACUAUGGUCAACUAUGUUUAUUGUAUAUCUGAAUCUAGUAAUAUAAAUUUGGUUGAUUAAAAAAUGAUUGUGUGGUGAUUAAACCUUUCUUACUUUCUAAACCUGGCCUUAGUGAAUGGCAUUACUUUCUCAGCUAUGACUCUGUUAUGCGUUUUAAGUUUACUCAAUGCAUAAAUGCCAAAAAUAAGCAAAACAAUGUAUUUUGAGGUAAGUUUGUGAUUAAACACAUGCAGUUUAUACAUUGAUAAACUGGGUGUUUAUGGAAUUUCCCGAAUUACUUUGCAUCAGUGUGAGAGAAUUAAGGAAGAAGGCACAACAUUCCUUUUCCCCUCCAGGCUGAAAGUGGGAAUAGCAUUUAUUUCCAAAUGAUAUGAAUAGAGCAUAUGAUUGGUCUGGGCAGUUUUUGCUCGGUUGUCAUGUUUUCACUGAUUUUACCUCAAUAUUCACAGUUUAAAUCAAGCAAAUUCUAUCAUGUUCUCCUCUCUAUUUCUCAGCCUCUCUUUCAUAGUUCUUUAGGACAGGCUGGGAAAUUAUUAUUCUGAAUAAAUAAAUACUUUUGAAAUAACCCACUGAGAGAAUAAAGUUUUAAAUCAUAAAAAUGGCAUCAGUUUUAUAGACACUUAUUGGCACAGUCAUGCAAAUAUUUAUGUUCUGUACCUACUUUGUGUGGCUGUAUUACUUGAUUCUGCAACAACUAUCGAAAUAGAGUUUUCUGAUAGAUCUCUAACAGCAAUGAUAAAAUAAUAUAUGUAACUGCAAUUGUUUGGCUCUUUCUUGAUAUUUGUGAGUCUUUAUAUUCUUGACAAUGGAAAGACUCUUGUGAUACGUAUUGUACCUUACUAAAUUACAUCAAACAAUUUAUGGGUAUAGUCUCUUGAUAUCAACUAAUGCUACAAAGAGAAGAGAAGAGAAGAGAAGAGAAGAGAAGAGAAGAGAAGAGAAGAGAAGAGAAGAGAAGAGAAGAGAAGAUACAGUAUACCUUUAUUUG